GGAGCGCAGUGGGUCAGAAGAAGGCGUCUCUUCAAGUAAAAGUAGGGGGGGGGAAACAGCACCGUUUCUGACACUCACUUAGAAACACUUCUCUUUCCAGUUGAUGAAGCGAGAAAGUUCACGAAAUGACGACCACCGUGGAGAAAUCUAAAAACUUUUGCAUUGACGCGCUACUGGCGCACGACGUGGAGCAGAGGAGCGACAGUGACGGCGCGUCCCCGGGGUUGUAUUACAGCUGCAGCCCGGUGUCAACCCACGGCUCAGAGACGCCCUCCCCUCAUCAGAACCAAAGCGACUCCUCUCAAGCCCCGCCGGGGGUUCUAUCCAAACCGCAGCUCUUCUGCUGGUCGCAGUCGGGCUUCAGUGCCUUGCACCAAGGUGGCCUCCUCGGAAUGCCCCCGGGCUCCAUGUAUCCUCUGGCGGCCCUGGGAGGCCACCACCAGGCUUACGUCUACCCCGGUUUCAUGCAGCUGGUCCAACCGUACCCGCCGCGGCUGAAAGGCGCCGUGACGACGCACCCGCUGGAGCCUUGGAUCAGAGCCGGGAUGAUGAUGCCCAGACUGGGGGAGUGUGGAGUACCAGCGCAGGAAGCUCUGUUUGGGAAGUGUCGCAGACCCAGGACAGCUUUCACCAGUCAGCAGCUACUGGAAUUAGAAAACCAAUUCAAGCUCAACAAGUACCUGUCCCGUCCCAAACGCUUCGAGGUGGCCACUUCACUCAUGCUGAGUGAGACUCAGGUCAAGAUCUGGUUCCAGAACAGACGUAUGAAGUGGAAGAGAAGUCGCAAAGUCAAGGACCAAGCAAUGCCACUGAGUGACAAAGAAAGAGCCGCAGCGGAUAUUGGCAGGGCCAAGCCUCAAAGCGAUUCACACAGCUCCGGCCUGGAGGACGAAGAGGAACUAGAAGGGGAUGAGGAGGAUGAAAGGGAGGAGAUUGACGUACUAAGGGCAGGCUCUUUAGGCUCCAUAGGCUACAUGGGGCAUGCUGGAGGAGGAACGGGGAACUACAGCUCUUACUCUGAGGAGGAACUGGAGGAGGGAGGCUCACAAACAAGAAGUGGGGGUUUUGCAUAGUUUUAAAGCUCAGCAUGCUUUUAUUGUAUAUUACUCUUGAGAAGACACUACAUAAUGCAUUCAGGUGCAAAAAUAAGGUCGCAUUAAGAGGAACAUUUAUUUUUCACAGCCCAUCAUGGUGCCAUAUCUGUACCUGGAGCACAGAUAACAUCAACCCGUAAUAAUGCCAUGUGAAUUCAAUGGCCUAAUGAUCAUCCAUCUGAGUCAUGACAUUAGACAUUACAUCAGCCAAUGAGACUGAAUUACUAUGGGUAUUUUGUGCAGGAUUUACUUUACUUUUACAUGAUUUAAACAGUUUGAACAUUCUGAACAUUUGUGUUUCUUUCCUGUCAUUUGCAAUUAAUAAUUAAUCUAAAAAUGUACGUGUACCUAAACUGUGUAAAUGAGGGUGAUGAUAGCACUUUCAUAGUAGUGGAUGAAGAGACAUCAAACAUUAAUUUGAGACUUGUGUUGUGAAGACGUUGUGUGAUGUCAGUGUUACAGUGGUUUCAGGUCUGUUACAAACGCUGGACAAAUAUUUAUUAUAUAUAUAUAUAAUAAAAUGUUUCUAUUACUAUAACAAGAUAAAUAAUAGAUCUUUGUUCACCGAAGUCACAUUUUGUGGCCUUAGGUUUGGCUCUAUCACAAUGAAAUGUUGUAUAAUAUUGAAACAUUUUUUUGUAUUAUCAUUUGGAAAAUAUGUGUCAUAUUUAGUUAAAGCCACACACUCACAAACACACACACUCAAAGACAUGGCUGCAUGUACUGUAUGUUUUUUUAAAUUUCUCAUAUGAAGUGUGUUAUGUUGUCAUUAUAUAAUUUAACAUGAUAGAAUUUAAUAUAUUUUACUGUGCAAGCAACACUUGUGUUAUUGUGGCAAUGAAUAUUUUGAAAAAUAAAGCUGCAUUCAUGUCCAGUCAGUCAAGAAAGUGUCAAGAAAGUGAAUGAAAAUCAAUGGGAUUAUUAUUUUGUCAUUUCUAGUAUAUAUAGUUGUAUCACACCUUUUUGAUAACUCGUCAAACCAUCGCGUGUCCUAAAUGUUA